AUGCCUCUUACCGAGACGGAGCUCAAGCUCGUUGAAUCCAUGUUCAUGAACAAUCAUAGCGUGAAAACCGUCCUCCAAAUCAUGCCCCACGCUGUCAUGUCGACCCUGUACAGACAGAAAAAGACCUUCGACACCUAUGGCUCCAUACAUAAGCCAGGGACCACAAGCAAAAGAAGACUAAGGAAGCCCACUGUACCUGAUGCAGAAGCCGAUGCCUCGCCAGCCGAUUCCGAAAGCCCCCAGCCCAAGGACCAUUUGUCAGAAAGUGACCGCACCGUAGAGAUGUUGUUCUCGCAGGGUUGCUCCGUUCGUGUCGUGCAAUCCUGGUUCCCUAACAAGCCCAAGAGCAGCCUCUACCGAAUGCAAAAGAACUUCCAGGCCUAUGGCUCCGUCAGGAAGCCAGAGCUCAUGUACAAGAAGAAGGGAAGACCGUCUGCUGUUACACCAGAGAUGAAAGAAUGGCUGAUGGAGCUGGUCAAGGAUGGCAAAGAGAUGUGGCAGAGAGACCUUGUCUACGAGCUAUUUACAAAGUUCGGCGUCUUCGUGUCUGCCUCCACCAUUUCACGCCUCCUCAAGGAGCAAAACGUUGUCAAGAAAAUGGGCUCCGUAGAAAGUGUAGAUACAGACAUGGCUUCAGACGAUGAAGAAGACGAGGAUGAGGAUACGCCAGUCACUAACCCAAAUCUGGAUCCCCUUCUCCGAUGGGCCUGA